AAGGCUACGCGUUUCGGUGAUGAGUAAUGGAGCAUCAAAUGACAGCGGCCUCGCUCUCCGCUCCGCCCUUUCCGAAUUCGGACUUUCCCCCACGUUCCAUUGGCAUUCCUCAUCUCCAUUGUGACAACGGCAACCUCGGUUUGCUUUGCAGCUUCACCUAUUUUGCGCUUUUGUGGGCCUAGCUACGAUAUCACUUACAGAGCACGGCUGGAGCGGCUAAAGCUCUCGACCGUGCCGACUUUCUUUACGCUUCCAAGUUCUAGUUCUCUCUAUGAACGACCGAGCCAACGAGCAUAAGCUACUUGGCAACAAGUUUUACGGUCAGGGGUUCUAUGAGCAGGCUAUAGAGGAAUAUGGCAUUGCGAUCGUGAAAGCACCGGAUGUGCCGACGUAUUACACUAACCGAGCUCGAUGCUUCCUGACGAUGUCCAACCAUCAGAGGGCUGCGCUAGACGCAGAAAAGGCUAUUGAGUUGGAUAGCAGAUCAGUAAAAGGACAUCUUCUGCUAGGCGAAGCGCUUGCAAUGAACGACAACCGAAUUGACGGGGCUCUCCACUCGUUAAAAAAAGCGUACAAUCUGGCGAUAGAGCAGAAAGUCACGUAUACGGAAGAAAUCGCACAGAAGAUACUAAAAGCGAAAAAGCGGAGAUGGGAGCUUCUGGACAUCAAGCGGAGGAACGAGGAGUCCGACUUGCACAGAUAUUUGCAUAGCCUAAUAACUAGGGAUCGGGAUCGGCAAUUGACGCAGUUGGACAACGCUGGAGUCGCUCAGGAAGACAGAGAUGUCGUCAAGGCGUCGUUUGACGAAAGGCUGUCGCAAAUGGCAGAUUUGUUGACGAGAGCAAAUGAUCCUGGGCAGAGAAGGGAGGUGCCGGAUCACUUUCUGGGGAAGAUCUCAUUCGAGGUGAUGACCGAUCCAGUCGUCUCUGUGUCUGGGAUCAGCUAUGAUCGAACGGAAAUCUUAGCUCACAUGAGGAAGAUCGGGUACUGGGACCCGUUGAGCAGGCAGCCGAUGAGGGAGUCUGAUUUGCGACCCAAUUUGGCAUUGCGAGAGAUCAUCGAGGAAUUCUUGAAAGAAAACGGAUGGGCUGUGGAUUACUAGUGAUGCGGUUACAUUCACGGCGGGUUCUCACUUUGGGCAUCCCUGAGGGCGUCUUUUACAUAUCAAGUCACGAAAGGUGCCGAACAUUAGGUAGCACAACUCCAUUUUUUGGUGCUUUCCGUGGCAGAAAGCUACGCAGUGGCAUCGGGUUAGAUUUUAGGUCUUUUAUUGGCAUAUAAUUGCAGUAAGAGUAGCGUGACGUUACGGGGAUUAUCUUCUCUUCCGUAGCACAAAUAGAUGAAAUGAAUAGGUGGUUUUACAUCCUUC